UUGAUUGGUGAAUUUGCCAAAGAGGAAUUGUUUAUUUUCGCGGUUUCCAUAAUAACCCUAAAAUUUACUAUCGACUGUUUACCAAUUUUUACAUGAAUUCCUGUCAGCUAAUCGAAUCGUGCAGAUUCAAUAAAAUCGGUUCACCUAUGAACCGAUGACAUGUGCUAAAAUGUUUAUCAAUUGCAUGAGAAAUUCUCAUUGAAAUUGUAAGUGUCCGGUUAUAUUAGAAAUUGUGAACAAUAACUCUGUAUCGAAUAGUAUGAGUGUUGUAGAAGGAUUUCUAUCAUUGGUUAAAAAAGAAUCUGACGAAUCUGACGAAAAUACCUCCGAUUAUGCCAGGAGCACGUCGCCGUUACCUUUACCUCCGAUGCCAGACACAAAUUUUAUUGCAAGCGAUGAUCCAAAUGCUGAAUUUCUGCGCCUCACUGCUAUGGUUCGAGAUGUAUAUUUCUCACACUUGUAUAAAUCCCUGAUAAGUAACUAUAUUAUUUGCUACCAGUCUAAAGGACAGUUAACAACUCAACCUGAUUUAAAAAAAUGUGCUGGACAAAUGGAACUCAAUGCUGUAAGAGCGUCACUAGAGGCUUCGCUAUACAGACAAGCAAUGCUGAAGAUGAUUUCAGAUGUUAAAACACAUACUUCUCUAAAAAGAAUACAUGAAAAAUUAGGCUCUUUUCUGAAUACACCCCCAAGUAAAGUAGAUGUUGGAGUACAAACAGAUGAAGUGCUAAUUACAGAGAAAAAUCGCACUCCAGAUACAACUUUUGUAAAUAUGAACGAUUCUCAUGUUCAAAAUUCGUCUGUUACCUCAAAUUUUGAUGAGUCUACUGUGCCGACACCUGUUCCUUCUACAGAAACAAGGAAUUGCAGUCUGGAAGAAAGAGUAUCUUUAAUUUUAAAAUCCCAAGAAUCUAUCAUGGAUAAUACCCCUGUUGUCAAAGUUGAAAACAAUCCUGACGAAGUAUCCGUGCCAGAGGUAGUAGACAGCAAACUGGAUUUAAAAAGUGAAGACAUUUGCAAAUCUAUAGAAGACUUUGCUUGCCUGCAAACAAAAGAUAUUUUACAAACGCACAACGACGUGAAUGAAAUUUUUGGUGAUGAUAAUACAGUGGAUAUUAAUCCAAUGCCAAAUGACAACAAUGAUUCACAAGAUUCAAUUCUACAACAUAUGGAAGAUAUGUUUUGUGAGAGUAAUGAUAGUAGCGACUUAAUGGCAUUGAUAGAAAAACAUUCUGGUGUUUCAAAAGCAAACCUUGAUUUGGAAAUUGGCAAAAUGUGUCCAGAGACUAGCACGCCUGCACCUGUCGUCAAAACUAUAGCAAGAAAAGAUAAUACAGGAGAAUCAUCAGACGUGCAUGUAAACAAGAGAAAGCUCAGUUUCUCAAAUUAUAGAAAGAUGCAAAAGCGCGCGAAAGGAGAAACUUCAUCCCCUAAACUAGAAGAGACUUUGGAAGAGAAAAAAAAACGAAAAGCAAGUGGUGUCUGGCUUGUAGAACGUAUUCAUCAAGUUUCAAGACUCAGAGCAAAAAUGACGGAAAUUUCGGCCACCGAUUACCGUAGACAUGGUCGGAUCAAGGCCAAAUUCUUGGAGCUGUUUGGCGAAGCUGAUGAAGAAGACAUGAUGCCAGAUUCGCCUAUUUGUAUAGAAGAACAUUUGAAUGCUUGUAAAGAACGCAUUGCCCCUUGGGUCGUCAAGUACUUAAUGCCGUUUUACAAAAAGAAGCGUAUUACAGACAGAAAAUUGUUCAAAACGGUGGCUAAACAUGUGGCCGAUAUGCUGAUUAUUGAAAAUACUUUUCCUGAAGAAACUGAUGUGAGCAAGUACAUAAUGAAAUACUUUAGGAACAAGAAGACAAUAAAAACGAAGCCCGAAAUCUACAUAUAAAAAAGAAUAAGUUUAUCCGAAAAUUCAAAUUUGGGUGAUAAACGUAUUCGCGUAAAAUAUGAGAAGAUAACAUUUUACUACAUUGUUAUGUAAAUACGAAUUAUAUAGCGAAUAUUUCCAAGAUACAACUUCUAUAAUCCCGAGAUAAGUAGAUACCAUGUAGUAUAAGUUCUUAGACCAGUAUGCCGGAUGUGAAUGUUACCAAUCUGAUGGUCACACGUUCUCAGAGUUUCGAAAGCAAUUACUUUUUCAAUUACAUAUCUGAAAUCAAUAAUACGAAAUGAUGAUAUAGUAAUUUUAUGUUGGAAACUUCGGCUAUCUAUAAGAUGAUUAUCAAAGACUGAUUAUUAUUUAUCUGUUUCCAUUUACAUUUUAACACAUAAAAUCUGCUAAUUCGGAAAUAGCAUUCAUUUGCAUUAUUCAUCCAUGGAAAGAUAAAUUUUCUUCUUUGGCUACAGGUAAAUAUUGGCACCAUAUAUUUUUUCCGCAUCAACACCCUACCACUUUAUAUUUCAAAUUACAUCACUCAUCAUGUAUAUUUAGCAAUAAAUAAUUUA